AUGCCAACUAAUCCACCAGAGCCGCUUGGCAUCCUUCGGGGCCACAGUGCCUCAGUCAAUAGCAUAAGUUUUCUGUCCAUCUCAACCGUCGUAUCAGGUGCUGGUGAUGGAGCCGUGAAGAUCUGGGACCUGAAAUCACGUCGGGAGCUCGCAACUAACGUCGCUGCGCAUUCGCACGCUGGUGUGUUGCACGUAGCCGCUCUGAAAGGUCCCAGUGCAUCAGAGCAAACGUUCAUCACGCAAGGCCGUGAUGGAUAUGUAAAGCUAUGGGACAUACAAUCUUUUGAUGCCGCAGCAGAUCCAGUAGUCAAGUUCUAUUGCGGUUCAUACUCGUUUACCAAGUUUGCGACGCUGCGCUGGCCAAGUAAAGCUUCAUCAAACUCAAACUUAGUUCUGUGCCCUAGCAGCGUAAACAACGAGCUUCUUAUCUUUGAUAUUCGUGUCAAUAGCUCGUCACCAGUCUUAACUUUCUCUAUGCCAGAUGCUGCAAAGAAGAGAGGUAUGUGUAUGUCGCUAUCGCUCUUUGAUAGCAGCAUUGCGACAAGCACGGAUAGCGCCGGUGGCGCACAGACAUACAUCGGUGCAGGCUUUGAAGGUGGACAACUUAUUAUCCUGGACUUGCGGUCGGGCGGGAAGGUAGCUUGUGAGACAACUGUUACACAGGGUGCAAACGCAUUGCUUUCUUGCGACGUCACUGACGACGGGCGGUCGGUCAUCUGCGGCUCGUCGGGUGACGAGCUGUACAAAGCAAACUUUGACGCAGCUGCGUACACACUCCGUUCACAAUCUUUCUUCUCCUGCAUCCACGGUGGCUUCAGCAGUGUUUGUAUUCGGGGAGAUCAGCGUAUCGUGGCUACAGCUGGGUGGGAUCAUCGUGUGCGUGUGUUUCAUUUGCGGAAGCUUAAACCCCUCGCAGUUCUCAAGUAUCACAGCGACAGUGUGUUUGCAUUGGACUUUAGCAGUAAUAACGCACUGCUCAUCUCGUGCUCCAAAGAUCGCCGCAUAGCACUCUGGUCCAUCUAUCCUCCCUCUGCAACCGCUGCUGCUAAUGCCUUGCGACCAUUUUAA